CUGGGCGCUCAUUGGCUGCGCCGGCGCACGGGGGCGGCCUGCCUCGAAGCCGGCGCCGCAGACGCGCGCGUGGUGGCGGCGCGUGCACGCGGCGACCACGACCAGGUGUGCCGCGCUGGCGCCGUACGCCGAGAUCGCCUCCAGCAGCGCGGAUGGCCGCCGGGCAGCCUGGCCAGCCUGGGCCGCCGACGACAUGACGAGCAAGCGGCGCCGCCUCAGCGCCGUGCUCGACAAACUGGCCGAGAGGCGCGACGUGUUCUCGCCGCCGGCCACCAGCUCCUCGGACUCGUCGUCGUGCUGCGCCGAGGACGGGCCGCUCGACCUGUCCCUGCCGGCGCACGUGUGCUCGUCGUGCGGCCAGGGAUUCGCGCAGCGCGAGCGGCUCGCCAAGCACGUGGCCUCGCGCCACGGCCGGCCCGACGGGCGCGCCUACGGCUGCGACGUGUGCGGCCGCUGCUUCGCUCGCAGCGACAUGCUCACGCGCCACAUGCGCCUGCACACGGGCCUCAAGCCGUACACGUGCCGCGUGUGCGGCCAGGUGUUCAGCCGCAGCGACCACCUGAGCACGCACCAGCGCACCCACACCGGCGAGAAGCCGUACAAGUGUCCCCUGUGCCCGUACGCCGCCUGCCGCCGAGACAUGAUCACGCGCCACAUGCGCACCCACGCGCGCUACGACUCGAGCGGACCCGAAGACGAAGGUCGUCUGCCCAAGGAGCCAGGCCGCUGAAGGAUCUCCCGUGCGACUGCUGUGAUAGCGGCCAAGAAUAGCCGCCAUGCUCCACUCGUCGCUGCUAUUCUGGCGGCGGCUACCGACCGGACCUCGAUCGGAUGCAGCCCCGCAGUACAAACCUCCGCCUGUGCCAAAAACCAACGGCGGGCACUUGCUCAACGCGGACUCCCAUAGAGCCCUGUGAUCCUCAACACAUUCCCCGCCAAAUCUAUUUAUGAGAGUGCUUAUUUAUGGCCUUUUCGGUGUGGUGUAUGGCAGCAAAGCGGACCACUGAUCUUGAUGGUGGGCCUUUAUACAAUGCCGGAGGAUGUGGCCUUGUUUUUAUGUUUAUCCAUUGUCGAUGUCUGAUUAUCAAUGAAUUGUGCCUUACAUACUUGUCCUGUCAAGUUCGCGCAGCCUUCGAAAGAAUGUUUUAUAGGGCAACUGUUAUAAACGUUUCAUGAUGCACUGCCCGACCCUUUUACUUUACAAUAAAUACCUUCAUGGACGAUGUC